AUGUUCUCCUUCAGUCUCAUCUCCACCGCUGUCGUCGUUCUUUCCGCUCUUGCGGGCGUUCAGGCCGAGUCGCAUACCAUCACCUUCACCAACAAGUGCGGUCGUGGCAACCCUGUCUUGCGUAGCCAAAGCGGCGCGACCCUCUCGACUGGCGGCGCAUACACUAUCAACGGCCCGCUCAUCGGUGCCAUCGCCUACCUCCAGACUGGCUCGUGCGGUGCCAAUGGAGAGGGCUGCACGCUUGUUGAGACGACGCUCAGGAACCCCCCGUCGCCGGGCGCAGGGUCCAGCACGGACCUGUCGUUGAUCGCGCCGCACGCGUUCAGCGUCACCACAGGCUUCGGGUACUACAACGGCUGCGACGGCGCUGGUGCGGACUGCACGAACGCGAAUUGCCCCACCGCGUUCCACGUCUCCACUGACAACCAGGUGCAGGUGGCUUGCCAGACCAACAACGUCAACCUCGCCAUCACCUUCUGCGACUAA